AUGACUCCCCCGAUCGUACCAUGUGCCAUAAUCAAAUCCCUCGAAAGUCGAAUCUAUCGCGGCCACUCCGUUCCUGCACUUCCCCCAACGUUACUUCAAAAUGUCACGCAUCUAAAGAUCUGUGAAGUAAAUGUCACCCUAUCUCAUUGGAAUGAAGACGAUACCGUUCUCGUACAGACGUGGCUACCUCUUAACAAUUGGAACUCCCGUUAUAUCCCUGUUGGAGGCGGUACUUGGGCAGGUGGACCCGGUCAAUUUGAGCUUGCUCUCCCUGCAUCUCAAGGCUACGCUGUCUCUUCCACCAAUGCUGGUCUCAGUGGGAAUCCAGUCGAUCCCUCAGAUUGGGCCUUGAAGCCUGAUGGCACUGUCAAUUAUGGUCUUCUAAAGAACUUUGCUUCGCGAUCUGUUCACGACAUGGCAGUCGUUGGCAAGGCAGUUACAGCGUUUUUCUACGAGGGUUAG